AUGACUGCUGCUGCCACCACCACCUUGAUUUGGAAGCGACGUCACAGAUCCUCAUUCGUUCCACUGUGUAGUAAAGUGGACAAUCAGCCGGCGACUCAACCCUCGUAUCAAUAUUUGCCAGUGUCCUCAGCUUCUGCAGGCUCUGAUCUGUCUGCGCCUGAAGCCCGAUAUCAAGCCUUAUCGUCGGGUAUUGGGCUGUCCGAUAACGUACCUGCACACUUGCCUCUCAGCGCACAACCCUCCGCUGCUAUAUUCACCUCGCACGAGACUCACUGGUCGCCAUUCACCAUCUUAUUCAGAACCGCACUGUCUUCUAUUGUCAUCCGGGAAUCACCUCCUGCAACCUCAACAUCUUUGCCUGUCGCCAGGGCACGUGGAGGUCGAGCAUCGCAUGUGGAGGCAGCCAACACCAAGCCUGUACCCUCAGCUGACCCCAACCUGGCAGAAUUGGUAAAAUCAAAAGCAUAUCUGGAGGAAGACUUUCACAAAAACAAACUUGUCGCCGCAAGAAUGGCGGAUACAGUUGAUGAAGUAGAUCGUGGCGGUGACGACGGCGUGGAUGUAAAUUCCCGGUCCGAACAUGACCCUUCUCGAGACACGGCAGUUCCGGACCUGGCGACACCACAACAACUUGGCAAUGGAUUCUUUGUUCUUCCCUCAGGCUCCUUGUCGCGGCCAACUACUCGGUCUAUAUCCAGAUUUCAGAGUGUCUCGAGCGUGACCGAAUCAGGUCCCAAGACAGAUCCCAAAACAGAACUUCUGAGUAGGCUGCGAAGUGCGUCCUCCAAGGCCUCUGGAGGUGGUACAGCUUCGAGCUUGGAGGAUUCGAGAGAUAUUAAGCGCCGAGGAGAAGGUGAUGAAGAAGAAAAAGUGAUGGAGGAGGUUGUCGUGCGCCCUCCGACCAAGAAGCGCAAGUUGACCACGUCCAACGAACUUUCGACACGUGAGCAAUCGCAAACCGCUACCCGUCGCUCGGCGAGGAUCAACCCGCAGAAUGAAGAUCUCCGGGAAGGAACCCCGCAAGUUGCCGAACUGAAUAGCGCUGGUGGUUCAGCACGCAGCAAGCACAGAAAGCCACCGGUGAAGCCCCGGAGAAUGCCUCUACGACGCUCGGCACGGCUCUCCAAACCCCUGACCGAGUUCCACAUGUAUGCAAAUUUACCUCCCGAGCUCAAGAUAUGUGUCUGGGAAGCCGCUGUUACUCCUCGCGUGGUUUAUAUCCGCAAUCGAGCCUCGAUCGCCUGGAACUUUCCGUUCACGAAUGACGUUCAGAACUCACAGCCCAAGUGGUUUAUGACCACAAAAAUCUCGGCUGAAGUGGCGAAGAGCUCGUAUGUGAAUAUGUUUGCAUUGCAUUCCCCCGACGACGAUCGAACCAGUCAAGUCGUCAAUCCCGAAACCGAUAUCAUUAUCCUUGAGCCUUGCUGCAGCGGUUGCAGAGGGCAUUAUUGCACUCGCCAUCAGUUCAGCGACGAUGACCGCUCUGCAGUCCGGUCUAUGGCGGUCCAGACGGAGCCUCGUGGAUUGCCUCUGAUGGCUCUGCCCUGCUGGGAGAGCAUCAGCAAUGCGUGGCGUAACCUGGAGACACUCUAUCUUAUGAAGGAACCUCUGAGAGGUAACCACAAAGAGGAGAAAGCCAUUCUUCGUAUCACAGAAGAGAGUCGUGAGGUGGAACUGCGGAAGAAGUUCGACGAGUGGAAAAAGGGCAACGGCAAGGAUAAGAAGAUCACGAAGCUCGAGUUUGUGGUUGUGGUGAACAAGGAGACGGAGCCCAAGGCUCUCAAGAACAGAUACAAGGAUGUCAAGAAUCGUAACACUGGAUUGCCCGAGGACGUGAUCAUCGGAUAA